GCUACUUUUAUCGAAUCUGAGUACGUCUUCCACCAAUGCUGUUAAGUGGUUGCUAAGAAGGUCACUAGGUCAUUUGUGUUUGUUCAGUGGUUGCUAAGGUGUUUGGGAUUGUUGCUAGGUGGUUGCUGGUGUUGCUAUGGGGUUGCUAGGUUGUUUGGGUUGGUUGCUAAGUGGUUGCUGUGAAGCACUGAAGCACUCAGAAACCUAGUAGGCUACACAACAGGAAGGCUACAAGGUUAAUACUUUUGAGUUUUAAUUUCCCUCUUAUUUUGAAGGAAGUAGCACCUAGCUUCCGGUAUUGUCGUAGUGUUCUCUGGCGAACUUAACUCAGCUCCGUUCACCAAGACUUUUGGCAGGAGCCCCUCAAACGCCCACGGUUUGUUCUUCCCCCUCCAAGAUGGAGGCCUUAGGGGGCUACCCUGCCAAGUCCUCCAACCCAAAAGCUAAAAAGUUAACGGUCCUGUUGAGCAUGACAGUCUGCGUGGGCUGUUUAUUCCUCCUGCAGACGCAGCUGAUGAAGCCGAGAAAACCAAAGGAUUUUUAUUCUUUCGAGGUCAAAGACGCGAGGGGGAGGACGGUUUCCCUGGAGAAGUACCGAGGAAAAGCGUCUUUGGUUGUAAACGUGGCGAGUCACAGCGAGCAGACGGAGGCGAACUACAUGUUCAUGCAGGAGCUCCACCGGGAGCUGGGCACCUCUCACUUCAACGUCCUGGCCUUCCCCUGCGGUCAGUUCGGGGACACAGAGACCGGGACCAGCCGGGACAUCGAGGCUUUCGCCAAGUCCACCUACGGCGUCACCUUCCCCUUCUUCAGCAGGAUCAAAAUAAUGGGCUCAGAGGCUGACCCUGCCUUCAAAUUCCUCACAGAUUCUGUGCAGAAAAUGCCGAAGUGGAACUUCUGGAAGUUUCUGGUGAACCCAGAAGGGAAAGUGGUCCGGUUCUGGCGAGCGGACGAGCCCAUGGAGAGCGUUCGACAAGAGGCCACGGCGUUGGUGCGAGAAAUCAUCCUGAAGAAACGGGUGGAGCUAUGAUGGAGCUUAUCGAUAGAUGCUGGACACAUCUGUGUUAUAUCAGUGUUUCAGUGUUUCCUGUGCUUUGGCAGCAAAGGAAUGACUGGGCUCUGAACUGUCACAGUUAGUGUGGUUGGGCGAUGUCUCGCUCCAGAAACAUGCAGGAUGAAAAGAUCCACCAGUUUUAGCUGCAAAGGCAAUGGAAGUCAUUCAAGGCUAGUGGAAAUAUGUGUGCAUUUGUGAGAGUACGUGUUUGUCUGUGUGUAUGGGGACCAUCCUGUGGUUAAUAAUGACAAUCACGAUCACGAACAUUCCUUAUAAUGACCACUGCUGCAGCUGAAGGAUUGUUUAGCCACUGAAGUGUUGGAUUUUACAGAUGUUCAGUUUGGCUCAGUCUGUUCUUUGUACCACGUCUUUCUAAUGUUUACAUUAAAAUCUAUUUCCUAAGGUGAAGCACAAUAUUUUGGCCCACUUUUACUGAUUUGAGCCCAGCAAAUUGUGAAACAUCCAUCCAACAAUAAAAUUAUUUCCUAAUUAUUUGA